AUGUUUAAGAAUGAUGGUGACACUAUGACUAAUGGAUAAUAUAUUAUCGACAUAAAAAAGGAGAUAGGCAGAGGAGCUUAUGGGGUUGUUUACGAGUGCAGAUAAUAAGAUUCCAAAGUCUGUUUGUGUGCUAAGGUAAUUUGUGAUUCUAAAUUAGAUUAUAAAAUCUCUAAGCAGUAAUUCAGAAUAUCUGAAUCGUGAGUCUGAGAUAUUAUAAACCUUAAGCAAGGCUUAUCCAAAUAAUCCUAAUUUAGUUAAAGUUUAUUAUUGUUAAUAUUAAUAAAUGGACAAAAAUGAUGUCUUGAUCGUCAUUAUGGAAAAAUGUCAAACUAAUUUAAAAGAUCAAUUAGCAUAAAAGGGUACAUACAGUUCUGAGGAGGUGUUAUAAUUUUUAAAAUAAUUGUUAAAUGGAUACAAACCAUUAUAUGAAAAAUGUAUACUACAUCGAGACCUCAAACCUGAAAAUAUAUUAAUAUCUUUAGAUAAUACGGGCUAACCUUUAUACAAAAUAUCAGAUUUUGGCAUAGGUAAAAUUAAUGCCAAUAACGAUUUUAAUAUAACGAAGGUGGGAACACCGGUUUAUGCAGCUCCAGAACUUAAUAGUUUUGUGGAUGAUGAAGAUGUAGUUAGUGCACUUAGAUAAUUAAAAGAUUUGAAAAAUGGAAAAAGCCAAGUCGAUGUUUAUUCAGUAUAUAAAUAAUUAUAUAUAUUUUUAGAUUGGUAUUAUCCUUUAUCAACUACUUUUUGGAAGGGUACCAUUUGAAACAUAAUCCGCAAACCAACUGGAAUAAUUUUUAAAAAAUUUAAAAAAAACUCCUUUUGAAAUUAAGAACCCUACAAAUUAGAACUCAGAUCUAUAGUAGUUGAUUUAAAAAAUGAUAGUCUACAAUCCUCUUGAGAGAAUUAAAUUCUCAGAUAUUUAUUCUCAUAAAUUAAUAAACAUGUAACCUGAAUAGCCUUAAAAAUUUUAACAAUUUAUUAAAAUUAAAUAGGAACCUAAUUAAUCAUCAAAUACAAAUAAAUUCAAUAAUGAUUAGAAAAAAUUUUAACCUUAAUAGGGAAAUUUAUCUUUUCCUCAUACUUAAAAUUUUGGUUAAAAUCCACCUUAAAUUUAACCUUAAAAUAUUAAUCCAAUUCUAAAUUUUGGUUAAGGUUUUAAUAAUCAACCUUAAACUUAAACACUUAUAGGUCAAACUCCACAAAAUAUGAGAUCAACUAUGGCUCCUGCUUGUUAAUAACAAAUUAUUAACAAUAAUUAUAACAAUAAUUAGUCCAGCAACCUCAGAUUGACAUGCAAUCAAAAUCCAGCUUAAGGUUAAUUAAGAUAGACAGAGACGGGGCUAAAAUAAUAAACUAUUAAUUUAUAGCCAUAGAGUUUAACGUCUUUCCCACCUUAAAGUAUAAAAAUGAGUACAAAUGCUUCAACUGCUUCAACUGCUUCAAAUGCUUCAAAUGCUUCAACUGUAAUUUAAAUUAAUUAGUUAUAAGAUCAAGUAAACUACCUAUAAACAUAAUUGUAAGAAAAUUUAUUAAAUUUAGAUUUGAAAAUUAAUCAUUCUAUUGUCUUUAAACCAAAAAAUUAUUGGAACAAGCUUUGGAAUCAAUCAAAAAUAAUAAUAAUGAUACACCUUCCAUAUCCAAGACCUUAAUGGAAUUUUAUAAAAUGGAAAAUAAUGGGUAGUAUUCAUUAGGCUUUCUCAAAUUUUAUUAUUGUCUUAUUAGAAAAGCCUAAAAUUAAUAAUUAGAAAAAACUACUUUUUAAAAUGAAUAAGAAUUAAGAUAGGUUAUAACAGAUAUUUAUUUAAAAUCUUAUCAAAACCCAUGAGUAUCC